UUCAACUGUCCAGCGAAGGAGGGCGAGGAGUGUUCUGCUUUACUUUUCUCGAGUUUAUGGACACUUUCUUUGUUGUUGUGUUUAGUUAUUAUUAUUAUAGCGGACACGUUUUUAUGCCUCAUAAAUGUCUAUUUUUAAGUCACUUUUUUUAAGUAACAAAGAACUGGCUGCGGACAUGAACGCCAGGACUUAUUCAGACAGCUAACCUAUCCGCUUUGAACGAUGCGAGCGAGUGUAACGUUAACGUUACUCGGAUUACAUUUGUGUUUUUAAUUUUUUACCGAAAUGACAAUGAGGAAAGAACUGGAGUUUUGCUCAUCAUUUUAAACUACGAGGGGUGGUUUCUAAAAGUAGACCAGGGGGAAAUGACACUCUGCUCUGCACAAGAAAACUCAUAAAGACAUAAAGGAUCAGUUAUAACCAUAAAACUUGUGGCAGCCCUGUUUUUACUUAUCAUUUCUGGAUUAACUGACAACAGAUUACGUGGCAUUGCCUGUCUGUGUUUGUGAGACAAUCCCUGAUGCAUUCAUUUGCCCCCUCUCAGUAUGCUGGCUCUGAGGCUGGAGCAGGGCAGGCGAGGGGGUGGUGAAGUUGAUCGCCUGCAGAAAGGGGCCACUGUGGCUUGGCAGGGCCGCCAGUCAGGGAGGCCCCCUUCUCACGAGCAGCGUAUUAACAUCAGAGAGAAGAUCUCCCAGUGGGAAGGUCGCAGUCAGCAGGGCAGCAGCCAGGAUGCAGGGGUGAAAGCACAUCCUCCGACUCUAUCCCGAACGUUUUCUGGAGAUGUUCUGGGCAACGGAUGUUCCAAUGAGGGAUCGAAAGGAGGGCUUCAGGCAAAACCCAGCCUCUCCAAAUCUACGAGUUUGGGCUUAGAUUUUCGGGAAUCCCCAGCACAAGCUGGACGUGGUGUGGUUGGUAGGAAGUCAGACCCUCUGCAGAAAUGUUCCACUGAGUUUACAACCCCAGGGAACAAACCACUUGCUAACUCUACAGGUAAACAAAUGUUGACCGCCAAUGGCGACCAAAAAUCAGAUCACAUCUUGGAAGUUGAAGUAGUUUCUAAAAUCCUACCUCUAUCAACCGAUGACCAAGAAGAGAACAUGCCUGCUGGAAACUUCUACACUUCGAGGGGUUUCUGGCGUAAGCUUGAGGGGGACAGACUGCUCUGGGAAAAAGGCAGAGGGUCUUCAGGUGAAACUCAGCCUCCUCCCAAACCUCUGCGGACAUUCCAGUAUCAGGGAGCCAACAACACGGGGAACACAGUGCGAUGGGAUGGCAAAACCCCUCAUGUCAACCGCUCCUACAUGAGGAGUAGGAGGGUAGCCCAGCCACCUAGCUUCCCACCUCCUCCAUGUCCUGUAGCAAAGACUAAUGGGCUCUCGAGGCAUAAAAAGAACAGGAAGUCCUUUGAGUACGAGGAUGCGGCGCGUCUAACGGCACAGCAAGGCACCCUGGGAGGCGAGGAUAGACACUCGGGCCUUUACCAUGCCUACUCUGACGACAACAUUUACGAGGACAUCGUUUGUGACGUGACCAGAGAUAACCCCUAUGAGGAUGUCAAGCUAUCCCCCAUGUGUCUUCCUAUUGCAAGGCCAAAGCUGCCUCCCAAACCCCAAACGUUGCAAGGCAAUGCUGGCAAAGUGGAGAUGAAGAAGUUCCCAGCAUCAACAGCAUCCAAAUCCUCAACAUUUGCAAAUACUCCCAAACCAGCAACACCCCGACGUUCAAGCACGCAGAAAACACAGAGGAUGCCUCAGUAUGUCAACAAGAUUGAGACCAUCUUUGACGACAAGCGAGGGAGGAAGAGAGUAAAGAACCAGGGAUUCUCAGUGCGAGAGGAGACCAGUGGGACAGAAAGUGACGCUGAGGACAACCCCAAAGCAGGCUCCAGGAGAUCAGUUUACAUCCAGUCUACACUGAAACGUCGGCCAGCCUACCGCACCCUGGAGAGAGACCUGAUCCAGCUGCAGCAGCAGCAGCUUUUCCAGAUCUUCGUGGUGGUGUCGCUGAGAAAAGGCUCCCCAGGAAACACCUACUCCCCUGAAAUCACUCAGCAGUUCCCCAAGAUGUUUGAGAAGUCAUCCCGGCUCUCCAGAGAGGCUGAGGAUCAGCUGAGGGUCAUCCCCAAGUUCUGCUUUCCUGACUCAAACGACUGGAAGCCGUCUGCACACAUGCCAAGUGAGACCUUCUCCUUUGUCCUGACCGGAGAGGACGGCAGCCGCUGGUUUUGUUACUGCCGUAAGAUCUUGCCCAUUGGAAAAGGGAAGAGGCUUCCUGAGGUGCACUGUGUUGUCAGCAAACUAGGCUGUUUCAACCUCUUUGCGAAGAUUUUGGAGGAGGUGGAGAGGCGCAGGGAGAUUUCCCCAGCACUGGUUUAUCCUUUUAUGCGUAGCGUGAUGGAGGCCCCUUUUCCAGCCCCUGGACGCACAGUCACCGUCAAGAGCUUCCUCCCUGGCUCUGGGAAUGAGGUACUGACUUUGUGUCGACCAGUGGACUCUAGACUGGAGCACGUGGACUUUGACAGUCUGCUGCAGUGUCUCAGUGUGGGGAAUCUCCUGCAGGUGUUUGCCUCCCUUCUGCUUGAGAGGAGGGUCAUCUUCGUUGCUGACAAACUCAGCGUGCUGUCUCGGUGUAGCCAUGCAGUGCUGGCGCUGCUGUACCCCUUCACCUGGCAGCAUACCUUUGUGCCUGUGCUACCGGCCAGCAUGCUGGACAUCAGCUGCUCCCCCACCCCGUUCCUUAUUGGGGUGUUGGCACCCUGCCUGCCAGAGGUGCUGGAGCUGCCCAUCGAGGAGGUGCUCAUAGUGGAUCUGUGUGCAGACAAGUUUGUCGUUCAGCUGGGCGAUGAAGACUGCAUCCUGCCCAGUAAACUGCAGGCAGCGUUGCAGCAGAUCCUGGAGGAGAGGGAAGACAUCCUGAGACAGGAGGAUGGAGACAGUAGUGGAGGUCAGCAGGCUGACCUGAGCUCUCUGGUGUCGGAGGGUUUUGCACGGUUCUUCGUGGAGCUGGUGGGCCACUAUCCUCUCCACAUGGUCGAGUCCUCCAAUGGCAGCCGGGAGCUCCAGCGAGACAGUUUUCGAAAAUCACACCCUUCCCGUGGAGUCCGCCAGUUCCUACAGCUCUUCAUGGACACUCAGAUGUUUGCCGGCUUCAUUCAGGACAAAGAGCUGCGCAAGGGAGGAGGAAGAGGUCUCUUUGAGGUCAGAGUGGCUGAGUAUCUGGAUUCGUACCCUGAGCCAGAGCCAAGUGGUGUGAACAAAUUUCUCAAAGGCCUGGGAAGCAAGAUGAAGCUCCUUCAAAUGAAAUGAAAACAGACCGACACAGUGGCUCUGAAAUGAAAGACUUUGUAAUUACUAACAGAACACUUGUUGCUGCUGGACUUGCUGAGGAGUUUUUUAUAUAAGAUGUGAAUGGGACGGUCGAGAGUUUGGGUAUCAGAGGACCAGGUUCAUCUCAUAGCCAUGUAUGCAUGUCUGAGAGCAGUGCACUUUUUAAUGGACGAAAACUGGAAAACAUUAAUGAAACAUUGUGAACAAGGCAAUAUGUCUAUGGAAAAAAAUACAUUCCAGCUACUUAACCUCAGUUAUCAACCUGAACAUGUGUGGUUGUAACUUUUUUCUCUCGGACUUGAAACUUGUUUACUUAACAUACAUUCUACUCUGCUACACAGUAAAUGCAACUUUAUUGUUAAACUUAAAUCUUGUAAGUACUUUACAAUUGAAAAUAAUCUGUUUGGUUCCAACCUGAUGCAUGUUCGUAUACGUUUUAUUGUAAAAUUCCAUUAUCCACGUUGCAUUCCCUUCAGCACAAUCUGUACAUAAACAUUUUGUUUACCGUUUCUUUUUGUUUGCAUUUCAGGUCAAGUAGGUUUAUUUACUCUGAUCAGAGCAUUUCAAAGUGUUAAGACUCCAGGUUAAACCUCAUCAACAUUAAUAUUUACAUUUUUUGUUCUGUCCUUGACUUUCUCCUCGUUAAUGGGAGUUGUAAAUAUUUUUUUUUUUUUUUUUACAUUUUGCACAAUGUUGAGAACCAGUGUACAGUAUCUGGAAUAUUUUUGUAUUAAAGCAUGAUGUGUCCGACAUUAAAAAAA